GUUAAAGGUAAUAUCCGCCUUUACGUCAUUGACCUCGAAUCAGUAAACGGAACCUAUCUCAAUAACCAGAGGAUCGAAGCUCGCCGAUUCUACGAGCUUCGUGAAAGGGAUAUGAUCAAAUUUGGUUUUUCUACGCGUGAAUACGUCGUUAUGAAAGCAAGCGGUUAUGAUGAUGAUGAUGAUGAAAUCGAUUAA